UGGAAAGCCAACGCUGGCUUCACGUCGCUACUGAACGCGGAUCCAGACAGACAGCUGCUGCUGCUCACCUUCAAACUAACCAAAAAUCGCACUUGUGAGCUCGACUGAAAACCAGAAGAGAUAAAUGGACAGAUUUCUGCUGAACGCGUCUUCUUAAAGGAAGGAGAUGAUGGUGAUUGUGUGUUGAUGCCCCAAACAAGAGGAUCAGGACAGAGGGAGUGAGAAUUUAUUGCCUUCCCUUGGUGGAUAUCUCACUGCUCUGGACAUGAUGGGCCCACGGCGAAAGGUCACCAGGACUCAUAGUUUGGGCGGAGGAACAUUUAGCUCUCUUGGACAUGAGGAACCUAAAGACUAUAUCAACGAGCUCUCACAUGAGGUGCUCUGCCACAUAUUCCGAUACUUACCCAUGCAGGACAUCAUGUGUAUGGAGUGUUUGUCACGGAAACUGCGGGAGGCGGUGACCCUGUACUUGCGGGUGGUGAAGGUUGUGGACCUUUGUGCCAGUCGGUGGUGGGAGUACAUGCCCUCAGGUUUCACAGACUCCAGUUUCCUCAUGCUUAUGAAGAAGAUGCCUGAUUUGGAGCAGCUCUAUGGUCUUCAUCCACGUUACCUUGAGAGAAGGAGGGUCAGAGGUUAUGAGGCCUUCAGCAUUCCUGGUGUUUUGGAGGCUCUACAGGCUUGUCCCAACCUUAUAGGUGUGGAGACAUCUCAUUUGGAGCUGGUGGAGGCGAUAUGGAACUACAUGCCUCAGGUUCACAUUCUAGGGAAGUUCAGGAACCGAAAUGGAGCGUUUCCUAUUCCCUCAGAGAACAAGCUCACUAUUCCAGCUGCAGCUAAAAUCCAGACCCUCCAUCUUGUUGGUGUCAAUGUGCCGGAGAUCCCCUGUCUGUCCAUGCUCAGGCAUCUGUACCUGAAAUGGGUGCGCCUCACUAAGCCUCAGCCCUUCAAAGACUUUCUCUGUGUGAAUUUGCGUACGUUUGUCAUGAGGAACUGUGCCGGUCCCACUAAUUCUCUGAAGUAUGUGCCUCUCGUCACCGGUCUGGCCUCUGCUCGCAACCUUGAGCAGCUGGAGCUGGUCAGGGUGCCCUUCUUGGGUGGACUAGUUCAGCAUGUUGUGGAGGAUAGCUGGAGGUCAGGAGGGUUCCGUAAUUUGCACACAAUUGUAUUUGGUGCCUGUAAAAAUGCACUUGAAGUGGAUCUGGGUUACCUCAUCAUUACUGCUGCUCGCAGGUUGCAUGAAGUUCGAAUCCAGCCUUCCUUAACCAAAGACGGGGUGUUCUCCGCACUGAAGAUGGCUGAACUGGAGUUCCCCCAGUUUGAGACUUUGCACCUUGGAUAUGUUGAUGAAUUUCUGUUGCAGUGUAACAUGAGCCAUGCUGAGUUAGUCAAAUACGGUCUUGCUGAUGUGAUCGAGAAUCCAGGAAUCAUCACAGACAUCGGAAUGAAGGCAGUUAAUGAGGUGUUUACCUCCAUCAAGUAUCUGGUCAUUUAUAACUGUCCACAUCUUCACAAUCCACACAACUGGAUCACAGACCACUCCCGCUGGAGUCGAUUGGUGGACCUCACUCUGGUGCGCUGUCAUGCGAUCAAGCUAGAGUCGUUCAGUCAGUUCAUUGAGAUGCUUCCCAGCCUGGAAUUCAUCUCUCUGGACCAGAUGUUUCGUGAACCUCCCAAGGGCUGUGCCCGUGUUGGACUCAGUGCAGGCACGGGUAUCGGAGUUUCGUCUGCCCUGGUCAGCAAUCAGAAUUCCAACAAUGAUAAUGACAACAAUAACAACAACAACCAUCAGAACAAUAAUGAUGCAAACAUUCCACCAAAUAACAACAACGACGAACAGGCUGAAAAUGUGCCUCAGCAGCACCACCAUAGACCGGAGGAGAUUCCCGAUGUUGAGGGUAUGGUGGCAGACAACAUGGAGCCUGAGCCAGUUCUUGCGGCCUCCAACCCGGAGGAAGAGACCCAAGGUUCCAGCCAGGCUACUAAUCCUUCACUUGAACGGGAUGAAGAACAAGCAGGACCUAGUGGAGUUCAAACCGCAGUGAAGAAGCAAUCGGUGGUGGUUUCAGACUCGGACAGUGAGGAUGAGUACAGUCCAAUCAGGACGCCGGCUGCCGCCCGCUCUCGAGGCCAGUACCCUGAGACGGAAGCCCAGGAGAAGAGCAGUACAGCUGUUAAUCCACAUGGUAAAGGGAAAACUCCACUGCGUAGACGUGGACCGCAAUUUCAGGAGCUCAGCUGUGAGAAAGGCUGCCAGGUGACCAGCGAGCAGAUAAAGGCUGACAUGAAGGCGGCCACUGAGACGGCUGAGCGUGGGGCCAGAGACAGAAACAGUGGGCCUGAGUCUGCUUCAGGCUACGAUGCCGGCAGCUGUGUUUGCUCAAUCCGCUGGAGGGAGGACUCGGCCAAUCCGGAUGAGCAGGGUGGGACGGGUAGAGGGGAGGACGACAUGGUGAGGACUCGCUGCACAUGCAGCAGGUCUCAUCCCGGCUCUGAAAAUAGGACUCGUGGUGGCCACAGCCUGCCAGUGGGAGGAGACAACCAUAGAUCAGAAUGUCACAGCUCAGAGCAGAGAACAGGAGGAGAGGAGAUGGAGGACAGGCACUCCGACGCUCCUCCCAGGACUCAGGGCUCAUCUGAGGGACAAAGUGUAGAGUUUCCCAGGAGACCGGUCACUCGUGCCCGCAGCAGACUUUCCUCUGUGCCCCUGGUGUGUGAGUCAGAACUACCCAAAGCGAAACCUCGGGUUGUGAUUAAGAAGAAACGUAUGGCAGACAAGUCCACCAGCACCAGUGACCCUGUGACUGAAGACGACCAUGUGCAGGUGCUCGGCCUUAAAUCUAAAAACCUAGUGGGAAUCACACUUACAAACUGUGGCAUCACAGACCUGGUCCUUAAGGAGUGCCCCAAAAUGAUGUUUGUCCAUGCGACGCGCUGUAGGGUGCUGAAACACUUGGUGGUUGAAAGUGCCCCCAUAGUAAACCGCUUUGAUUACGCACAAUGUAAGAAGUUGGACAUGAAGCAGGUGCUUGACCAGAUCUUACGGAUGCCGCCGGAGAGAAACCGUAUCAUCUACAUGAGGCCUAUGCAGCAGAUUGAUUCUCUGGCUCUGGAAAAAAAGCUUUUCAGUGGACCGUAUCCAUACCAUAUUGCAAUGAUCCAUGAGUUCAGCAACCCACCGAAUGUCAGGAACAAAGUGCGCGUACGUAGCUGGAUGGACACCAUUGCCAACAUUAGCCAAGAACUCAUCAAGUAUGAAUUCUUUCCGGAGGCCACACGGACGGAACAGGAUGUAAAGAAGUAUCCCAGCUAUCCCUGGGGCAGAGACAUCUACACUUUAGAGGGAGUAAUAGAUGGGGCGCCGUAUUCGAUGAUCACAGAUUUCCCGUGGCUUCGCUCGUUACGCACAGCAGAGCCCAACAGUUAUGCCCGAUAUGACUUUGAAGAUGAUGAAAGUACCACUAUCUAUGCACCGCGGCGUAAGGGACAGCUCUCGGCCGACAUCUGCAUGGAGACCAUUGGUGAGGAGAUCUCGGAGCGACGGCAGACACUUAAGGGUGUUUUCCAGCGUGUGGUGGUCGUCUUCAUUCACUACUGCGACGUUCGGGGGGAACCGGUGGAUGACGACUACAUCUAGAACAAGUCCUGCUCAGCCGGAGAUGCUGGAGAGAAGUGUGGAGAGCUCUUCGACUCUCUGCCAGCCUCUGACCACCUCUGUGUGAGAACAGAGAGGCAUCUUAAACACAGCUUCAGUGUGGAAUACCAAGGCUUUUCCAGUUGCCUUUAUCUCUGAGUUGACUUGAAACCGAGAGUGAUCGUUUUCGAUCAGCCAUCGUCUUUUUUUGUGAGUUGAUUCUAGACGAAUGAACUGAAGAGUAAUGGUGUCACUGGGCUGCUUUUGCUUGUGUUCAUUACAUGAAGGAUGAAUGGCGGCACACUUGCAGUAAAGGGGUUGAUGGUGUCAGCAGUUGUUUUGUUGCGCACAUGGGAAAAGACUUGGAGAGCCUUGAUAGGUGGCAUAUAAAAUAGCUUGUUUGAUUUUUGGUGGAAACAGAAAUAUAGUUCUCGGUAGAUUCUUGGUAGGCAGUAGAGUUGUUUUUGUUUUUCAUACCGUUUGAGAAACCUUUGUUUUAAUGAUUUCAUAUUUUAUUUGAGUUUUUCUCUCACCUUUUCCCCAGGCAUUGGCCUAUGUGUUUUUUGCUACUAACAGUGCUGUAAGUCAGUUUAACCCAGAACCUGGUGAAGAGAUUAAAUGUUUCUUGGCCCACGAGAGGAACGUGGCAGAAUCGGUGAAUAAAUGUGGCUCGUUUUCCUCCCUGUGGUCUUCAUAAUGCUUAAAAAAAAAAGUGGAACAAAGAAUAGCUGAGAGUAUUUUAUGCACAAAUAUUUUUUUUGGUCUCUUCCCCUUAGUUGAACCCACUUUUUAUUAAACUCCAGUAGAAUAGUUUUUAAUCAGAAGCACAGUGGAUAAAGUUGCGAGGCAUAUCCCUUAUUCAUCUUUAGAUGACUUGACGCACAUGCUCUUUUCCUCACACACUCCCUCUCUUCAUAUGUUGAAGCAUCUUCACAAAUGCAGACCACAGACAACAAUGUCAGCAUUGCAUGUUUCUGGACGGUUUCAUUCCUCUUCCUUACCUAAUCCUUCACAAAGUUGCUUAACUGACAAAAAACCGACAAAUGCAAAUACUAUAAAACUGCCUGCUUAGUGCAGAAUAGAGUUCACCAACUUGUGUUUGUUAUGAAUGGUAAGGAAACUACUCUAAUUAGAAGAUCGCUGCUCUACUUUAAGUGUUUUUCUGGGUGACCCACUCUGCCAUGUUCAAAAGCCAAGAAACUCCAUGGAUUGCAUCUGCACCCAAGCUGAGCACUGCAGAAACUUCUCUACAAAGUGUGUGUACAGAUAUUCUGUAUGUAAAUGAUUUGUUUUAUAUGUUUAUAUAAAAGAAUAAAUAUUUCACUAAGA